AUGGAGGGUUUUGUCUAUCACCCCUUCAGCACGUACCAGAGCUUCAGAGGCAACCUCACGCCCAGCCGCAGCGCGGAUUCCGCGGUAAAGCAGCCCAGCUGGAAGCAGGGCAAGAGCAGUGGCAUCAGCCCCCUCCUCGGGGGGCCGUUCAGCCCCAUGCCCUCCGACUACCUGGACCGGUACCGCCGGGCGCAGCUGCAGGCGCUGCUGUCCCAGGUGAGCCCGGCGCUGGCCCCGCGGCUGCGCUGGGCCAGCACCAGGGACGUGGGCGUGCAGGUGAGCCUGCGGGCAGAGGCGGCCGUGCAGUGCUCGCUGGGGCCGCGUACGCUGCCCGUCGGACACCCUCUCAGCCCUGCCGCCUUCCGCGGCCCCGGGCACCUGGCUCUCUACUCGCCCGUGCCCGACCGGCGCCUCUUCACGCUGCCCGAGGCCACUGGACCCCAGGAGAAAGAGAAAGUGUCCCAAACGACGCCCGAGGAACAGCAGGCGGAGGAUGGUGGCAGCGAGCUGCUGGAGGGCCAGACUUGGGCCGCCCCAGAGAGUGAGGAGGCCGGGGACCCCAGACGUCGAAACGCCUUCCAGUUUUUGGAGCAGAAGUAUGGCUAUUUCCACUGUAAGGACUGCAAGACCAGAUGGGAGAGUGCUUAUGUGUGGUGUAUUUCUGGAACUAACAAGGUAUACUUCAAGCAGCUGUGUCGGAAAUGCCAGAAGGGCUUCAAUCCCUAUCGAGUGGAAGCAAUCCAGUGCCAGAUCUGUUCAAAGACUCGUUGUUCCUGCCCUCAGAAGAAACGACACAUUGAUCUCAAACGACCUCAUCGUCAAGAACUCUGUGGCCGCUGCAAAGGAAAGAGGCUGUCCUGCGAUAACACUUACAGCUUCAAAUACAUUGUCUGA